AUGAAGUCAUGGGAUGAGGAUCACCCCCUCUGGGCAAGUUUACGAGACCCGUCGGAAGACCAGAGGCUCGACAGCUCGCGCCCUUUCCAAGACUUCAUCGACGACCACCGGAACGUCUUCGCCAUCUGGGCCAUCACACUGACGGCCCUCAACGCCCUCUGCAUCAUCUACAUCAUCUACCGCGCCACUCACGUCGUCGCCGCGCGUAGAGGAAACCUUCCGCAUCCCGACGUCCUCGCGGCCAGGGCAGAAGCCCAGCUCGCCCAAAACGCAGCGAAGACCCUCGACGAAAGCAUGGCGCGCUGGGAGGCCAUGCAUGCACGCAUCAUGGACGCGUGGAACGGGAUGCGCAAGGAUGACGCGAUGCUCGACCUGCGCCUCGAGUGGUACUCGUCCGCGGGCGAGUGCAUCACCGCCCAGGCGCAGCUCAGCAAGGCUCGGAUCAGCAUCAUGCGCAUGCAGCGGGCUCUCGACGAUGCGGACAAGCAGCGCCAGGCCGCGGUGGCACAGUGCCUGGAGGUGUGCACACAGGCGAAGGGCGAGAAGGACGAGACGCUGGAGUUGCUAAGGAAGAAGGAGGCGAAGCGAGCGAGCCAGGAGGGGCGCAACAUGGAGCUAAGGAAGAAGUGCGCCGAGUUCGAGGCCGCGCAGCUGAAGACGGAGGAGCAGAUGAAGAAAACCAUGCAGGAGAAGGAGGAGCUUGAGCAGGCUUUGCGUCGCAAGGCCGCGACGGAGCUUAAGGCUGCGCUCGAGGACUUCAUGACCGUGUGGUCCGAAUCCCAGUGA